UCAUUGAAUUUCUGUUCUAUACAGGUGUGCAUAAACAGAACAACGUGCAUACCGGUAUAAAAGGAGAAAUAAUUGGGUGGAUACUGCAUUUAAAAAACAAAACACGGGAGUGACAGUUUCUUCCUGGCGACAUAGUUUAUUUGUUUGUCACAGAGGGAGAUUAGAGUUUCCAGUUUCAGUGAAACCGGUCUGUACGUUCAUUCAUUUUUCAUUGUGUGCUUGCUGCACCGUUUGCAUGGUAAGUACAAGCUACAACACCCGGCUCUUCUAUGUAAGUUGCUUUAUUUUCUGUAAGCCGUAAAAUAUUGAACUUUUAUCCUAGAAAAACGUUAUUAAUCCUGUGUUACAUAUUACAAUCAUCGCUAUCUAUUCAUUUAGUGUUAAACUAUUGCCUAUGUAUGUGCAUCUGUACAUAAGCACGUAAGUACUUCACAUUUUGAGGUCUAGUAGUGCUUUGAAUCACAGUUAAUAAAACGUAGCAAGUCUUCAACACUUUUUUGGAAACACGACGUCAGAAUCUCCCCGCAUUGUUGUGUGUAUGUAGCCCGUGAUUCCCCCUGUGGGUCCGCGUGUGUUUGAAGGAGGAGUCGUUUCCUCUUCAGUCCUGGGCAGCGCUGGCGAGAUGGCUGGGGUCUUUGCCUAUCAGAGCUCCGAGGUGGACUGGUGUGAGGAUAAUUACCAGCACUACGACACUGUGGCCGAGUUCUACAACACGGUCAGCAAUGUGAGCUUCUUCAUCUUCUCCCCGAUCAUGAUGUACCUGCUGCACCCCUACGCCCGGGAGAGGACCAGGGCAGUGCACCUCGUCUGGCUCAUGAUGAUGGUCGUAGGUGUGUUCUCCGCAUACUAUCACAUGACUCUCAGCUACAUGGGUCAGAUGCUGGACGAGCUCUCCAUCCUUUGGGUCCUAGCCAUUGGCUACACACUGUGGUUUCCACGGCGACUCUUCCCAGCAUUCAUUAGGAGCAGGAGUCAGUUUGCAUGCCUGAUGUUUUUGGCAGCCACCAUCAGCACUCUGUCCUCCUUUGCCAAGCCCACCAUCAACGCUUACGCACUCAACUGCGUUUCUCUGCACAUUCUCUACAUCCUGCAGCUCGAGCUCAGGAGCUGCAGUGACCCGCGGAUCCACAGGCUCGCCCUGGUCACUGUGGCCUGGUGGGCUUUAGCCAUCUCCUGCUGGCUGAGUGACCGCCUGCUGUGCAGCUUCUGGAAGAGAAUCCACUUCUGCUACCUGCACAGCUUCUGGCACGUUCUCAUCUCGGUGGCCUCUGCUCACGGCUGUGCCCUCUUUGCGUACUUCGAUGCCCAGUCCGAGAUCCCAGAGGCCAAGCCUGAGCUGCGUUACUGGCCAGAGAACCGCUGGAACCUGGGAAUGCCCUACCUGUCUGUGAGGGAGGGGUCCACACAGCGGAAGCAGUGCUGAUCUUCCCUGCUGGGGGGGGGGCACACACACACUCACACACGCCCUGCCUGAUACAGAAGAGUCGGGCAAAACCAACCUCAUCUAAAGGGAGCGGCACACCGCUUUAAUUCUGUUUGGCUUUUGUGACUUGACUGAUAGUUGUCAUAAUAAGAAAGCUUUUAAUGCAGAAGUAUUUUUCUGGUUGCACCUGUGGAUUUGGAAAUAGACAACACUUAGCAACAAUCAAUUUGUAAAUAUUUUAAUGCGCUGAUUUAUUAUUAGUGAGAAGAAAAAAAAAAACAGAUUUGUACAGAUAAAUAUCAGAGAGCUUUAGAUUCUCAUUGUGAUUGAAAUACCGAUCAAUGUUUCAGGCUCUCACUUUGUACUGGCACAGCAAUGCGUGUGUGCGUUUCAUUUUUAAUACCACUAAUUAUUACUAUUAUUAUUAUUAUUAUUAUUAUUAUUAUUAUUAUUAUUAUUAUUAUUAUUAGAUGUCGUUUCAUCAUUUACAUGUAUUAUUUUUUAAGAACAGAACUGUGAUGUGUGUUGGUGGGAGCUGAUCUCUUUUUCUAUGUUAUUUAUCGGUGGAAAAUGUCACAAUAACAGAGAACCUCAGGACACUUACCACUGCUAAACCCUGGAAGCCUGUGCUAUAUGUUAUGCAGUCAUAGUGUUUUAUUGUAUUUGGGUAGGAACAGCAGUUUUACCUUCUCUACAGAAACAUUGAGUAUUACACAGUGGUCCUGGCUCGGCUGCACACAGUAUUGUAAUGGAGUGCCCAUGUGUGUGCUGGUGUGAAAACACUAGGGAGGGGCGAUACUCAGAAAAUGAUGUAAAUUAGCCAGGACCUUGUUCACUGUCCAGUUUGUUUGCAUAUACAUUUUCAACCUUGCCUUUGAACACAUGCUUGCAUCAGCCCUGUGCAUGCUUCUAUCACCGCUUACAGCAAUAGGAGGUUAUUAAUGACAUGUUCAAGCUGGAAGAAAGCACUGAUGCCAAUAUGAUGAAAACUGCACUGCAUUUUAUUCUGUGUCUCAAUGUCACAAAAGCUAAAGUAUUCAUUGAUAAGGCCUGUGUACAAAAUGUCACCACAGUGAAUGUAUUUCUGUAUUUUUAAAUACCGAGACACCAAGAAAACACAACUGACUUCUCACUGUGUCCACUGUUGUAACAUCUGAAAUAAAAAAAAAACAUUUUUAAUACAAAGCUG